CACUCCCACAAAAAAAAAGACAUCUCAUGCCACCCCAAAAAUACACAGCCCUCACCACGCCACGCGCGAGCACCGCGACCGAUCAUGACUCAGCUAACUCUAUCUCUCUCUCUCUCAACCUAACUAAUCCUCUCUCUAUCCCUCUCCCGAUUGACUACAACUCCGACCAACUAGUUAUCAUUAGCCAUGGGCAGAACGGCCGCCGGUGCAUGGGGACAGCGGCGGCAGCGGUGGAAGCAACAGCAACGAUGGGAAGUGGAAGGGGAAGGAGAAGGUGGUGCCGGAGUACGGCAAGAACCGGCACGGCAUGCCUGUCGGCUUCUACUUCGUCCCCAAGGACCUGGAGCUCCUCGCCAUCCUCAUGUGCAAGCUCGUCCGAGGCAAGGUCCCCGGCGCCCUCAACAACGUCUUCAAGCAUAUCAGUAUUGAAUUCCACCCCGCCCUCCUCCAUGCUUGAGGACCUUGCCGUGUACCGCGUGUACAAGAUCAGAAGGAAGGAGGACACAGAGCCGGUGAACGCCGCCGCCGCGGUGUCGAGCACGGACGAGCCCUCCACGCCGGCGGCACUGCCACUGCCUACGCCACCGCCACGGCCAUUGCCGGACAUGGCCGGAUCGUCAUCGGCAACGUCGCUACUGCCACUGCAAUUUCCAGGCUUGGCUGGGUCGUCGUCGACGAUGCCGCUGGCACUGCCACUGCAGCUGCCUGGCCUGCCCAGGUCGUCGUCGGUGAUGUCGCUGCCGGGCUUGGCUGGAGAGAUGACGUCCAUGGCCAUGGCGAAACAGGCGAACAUGGCCUCGACGUCACAGGCAUCAACACCGUCGUCGGAGCUCCCACAAGACUGGUACGACGAGUACGAGGUCGCGUACGGUGCCGUGGCGCCGCCGGCUCCUAGCACGAUCAGCUGGGCGGCGCUGCCGAGCUCGCCGACGGCGUGGUGGCCGCCAUCGAACGGCGGGCCGAUGCAGCACGACGGCUACCUCGGGAUGGCGGAUCCUGCGUCGUACACGUUGGAACACCUGUUGCCCACCGCGGCGAUCCCGCCAAAGCCGAUGGCGCCGCCGAAGAGCUCGCCGGCGCCACCACCAGCCGUCGGCCACCACCGGCUCUCGCCUCCGCAUGACGCCGCCGGCAACUACGACCACCUGGAGCUCGCCAACUACGGCGGCGCGGCGCAGCACGAGCAUCAUCAUCAUCAUCCACAGGAGCUUACGGAUGGCACGGACGGCGACGGUGCCAUGGCCGACGGCGACACACAGCUAGACGCCGCCGCCGCCGCCGCGGAGUUUGAUUCCGAACGAGUAGCCGAAAUAGUAUCCCAAAUAAUGGACGGUGAAUUCGAGUUUAAAUUCGACGACGACACCAUUGUUAGCUUCAACGAGGUGGUGGCGGCGCCGAUGUUGAUCGACGGCGAUGGGGACGGCGACGGCGAUGGUGCAGAUGGAGGUGUUGGAGAUGAUCCAUUCGAGAAUUAGGCCCUGCGUUUGGAAACCGCUGGAAUUUUCAGUUUUUCUGAAUAUAGAAUUAUGCCUUCAAAUUUACUCGUUUUUUGUAAGUUAAUGUUCAUAUUUAUUAUGGCUGCAUGUUUUUUA